GAAUUGACAUCUGUUCACUGUCAAUACAAUAUUAACUAGGGCACGCUAAAGCUCGAAAGACGGAAAGAGGUAAAGCUGCUUCUCAAUGGAAGGCAACGCCCCGGUGCCAAGAGUGGCGGUCGUUGUGUUCGUGAUUAAUGGGAAAAGCGUCCUGUUGGGGAAGCGGCGCGCCACCAUCGGCGACUCUUGCUUCGCUCUCCCUGGCGGCCACCUUGAGUUUGGGGAGAGCUUUGAGGAGUGUGCGGCGAGAGAGGUGAAGGAGGAGACGGGUAUAGACAUUGAGAAGAUUGAGUUCUUAACGGUCACCAACAAUGUCUUCUUGAAGGAACCUAAGCCCUCGCAUUACGUUACCAUAUUCGAGAGGGCUGUGUUGAAAGAUACCCAGCAGUUGCCCCAGAACAUGGAGCCCACCAAGUGUCACGGUUGGGAUUGGUACGAUUGGAAUCACCUCCCUGAGCCUCUCUUUGGGCCUUUGGAGACCAUGGUUAAGAGUGGCUUCAAUCCUUUCCCGCUCAGUGAAACCUGAUGGAACAACUAUGCAAGAGAAAUACACCUUCAACGCUUUCAGCUACUGUGGUCACUGGUCAGGAUUGCUCUGCUUUCCUUUCGAUCUUUUGUGUGCCUCUCCAAAUUCUGGUGUGUAUUAAGCUCUAAUUACAAAAAGGAAACCCUUUUAUACAAAAAAAAAAAAAAAAUUAAAGCUUUAUUAGCCGUUUGAUCAGUAUCUCCAUGUUGCUCAGUAACUGGAAAAGAAAUAGCGAAAGAAAGAUUCCAUAA